AAAAACUGGUGGUGGCUUACUUCGGUUCUUGUACUUGACGGCUAUCCUCUUUCUAUGUCUGCUAAUUGAAGAAACGGAAUCGAUUGUCAAUUUCCUCCGCGAAAGCGCCUCUAUUCAGUUCUCGUCAACUUCUUUCGGAAGUCGAUGAUGCCUUUCGUCAAGCGUGGCGGACUUUUGGAUACCGACGACGACGAUGAUGUGAAGAGCUACCUCGAAAACAGCGAAGGCCCGGAGUUGGACCGGUCAACAUCGCCGAAACAGACCGGGUUUUCUCCCUUGACUAAACUUGUCAGCAACCCCGAGAUAUUGCAACUUAUCCUGGACCAUUUGGAACCCACCUCAUUAGUCUCCCUAUCUCGAACUUGCCACCUGUUGUUCCCUCCGAGCGCUAAAACCCUAUGGGGAGACGCCCAUCUCUCGGUACUGGAUCUUUUCGCCCGGUUGCUCCCCCAAGGCCUAUUUUACCAAAAUGAGGACAAAAAAGAAGAAAUAUUCCGAUAUUUAUGUCCAAGAAAGUCCGAUUUCGAGCGAUUUCGACUAUACGGUAGCUUCGUGCAGACAAUAUUCAUCCCGGCCCAGAUCCUUACCAUCGAUCUGGACGCCGCCGCUCUGCUGUCCCCAUUCUUCCCCAAGUCUCACUUUCUUCCAAACCUGCAGUAUCUAUCUGUGGGAUAUGGGGCCCAGAGUCUCAUGCUCGCCCAUCUGUUACUCUCACCCUCUGUCCUGCAGCUGUCUGUUCUGCAAGAGCCAGACAACGUUUUGUCAACCGCCGCGCCUCUGUGCUCACUGCUAGAAUGGCUACCCGAUCGAUGUCCAAACCUCGAGCGCAUCCAGAUACGGUUC